CUCGGAAUGGGGGAGCGCCCGACUCCGAACGCCUCCUGUCACUCAGCGCCGCUUCACGUCACGGGAACAAUAAGCGAGAGCACCUCGACUGAAUGAAAAUUGCCCCUACGUGAAAACAUCGUCAUUAUUAUAUCGGGGCACACAGGAGCGUCAUCAUCGUUUUCCUUGGCACAGUUUCCGUCUUAUUUGUCAAGGCUGACUGAAGGGAAAUGAAUUGGAGGUCACACUGCAGAGUCUCCACAGGAAGACGUAUAUUUUGUGCAGCAAGUUUUCAGGGACUGAAAAGAUGGAGACAUCUCUGGAUCUGUGUCCAGCGCCAUCAUUGCAGGAGCUCCUCUGGUUCUACAGUCUACAGAAAUCUGCCCACACUUUCAUUGGGUCCUGUCUUCCUCUCUCCUAAUGGAAGCUACUUGCUGCAGAGGACCGUAGAAGGCAGCAUGGCAAAGAUGGCAAUCACCUGUGGAGUUAGGAUCCAGGGAGCCACCAGGUCCUUUUCCGUAUCCACUGCCCUAACGAUGUUCUUUGGAUCCAGCAAAGGGGGAAAUACUGGUGGAAAUGAGAAGCUCACCCUGAAGUCUGUGGCAGAAUUAAUUCAGAAGAAAGAAUGCCAAAGGGUAGUAGUGAUGACUGGAGCAGGGCUCAGCACCCCCAGUGGCAUCCCAGAUUUCAGAUCCCCUGGCAGUGGCCUCUACGAUAACCUCCAGCAGUAUAAUAUUCCCUAUCCAGAAGCCAUAUUUGAGCUUAGCUAUUUCUUCCACAAUCCUAAGCCUUUCUUCAUGUUGGCAAAGGAGUUGUACCCUGGCAAUUACAGGCCCAAUUAUGCCCACUACUUCCUCAGACUUUUGCUUGACAAAGGGCUUCUUCUGCGUCUGUACACACAGAACAUUGAUGGGCUAGAAAGAGUUGCUGGGAUCCCUCCAGAUAAACUUGUGGAGGCUCAUGGCACAUUUGCUUCUUCUACAUGUACUGUCUGUCGAAGAACAUAUGCUGGUGAAGACUUCAGGGGGGAUGUGAUGGCUGACAAGAUCCCCAGAUGUCCUGUGUGUACUGGAAUAGUCAAGCCUGACAUUGUGUUCUUUGGGGAGGAUCUCCCUCAUCGGUUCUUCUUGCAUGUGACAGAUUUUCCUAUGGCAGAUCUGCUCUUCAUCGUUGGAACCUCCCUUGAGGUGGAGCCUUUUGCCAGCUUGGCAGGUGCAGUCCGCAGCUCUGUUCCACGUGUCCUGAUCAAUCGGGAUCUGGUGGGGCCGUUUGCAUAUCAGCCACGGUACAAUGACGUGGCUGAACUGGGAGAUGUGAUCAGUGGAGUGAAGAAGGUGGUGGAACUGUUGGGUUGGAAAGAUGAGUUGCAGAAACUAAUCAAGAAAGAAACAGAAAAGCUGGAUGAAAAAGUCAAAUAAGAAAUCUGACCUUUGCUGCUGGAAACAAUGUUUACUUCCAAAAGGAGCAAGACUCACCCCAGCCAAGUGUUCCAGUUAACAAGAUGACGACUUAAGGAGAAAAUGCUCUCCCUCUAGAUAGCAGCAACCGAGAACUCAGAUUUAUCUGAAGAGCCACUUUAGUUACAUUGGAGUGUCUUCCAGGUGCCAGAUGUUUAAGGCUCUAACAAAAUGGCAGUCACAUGAUGGGUUGUGAUUGGCAUUUGCCUAAGGAGAGGUUAUAGACCUCAUGUAGGAGACAGGGAAGUUCAGCACAGCUGCUACCUCCUAUUAGAGGUGUCUCCCAUUUCUUCUUGGAUUAUUUUGAGUGCUGAAAAGAUCUCACUGAUCAUGUGAUAUUUCAGGAGCAGCCUUAGGUGGAAUAGCAUCACAAUUCACAAUGAAGCUGAAUCCUGAUUCUCCUCAUUUGUUCAAGGACUUUGGUGAUGCAGCCUUCUUUUUAAAAUAAUGUGUGUUAAUUUGCCUUUUAUCAUUUACAUAGCAUGGGAACACUUCUAGCAAAAAACAAUGCAAAAGAUGUGUUGAAGCUGCUAUUUGAAUUUUAAUUAAUGUUUACUCAAUAGCAAUAACUGUCAAUCAAAAUAAAAGCACCUUUGAUGAAGCUUCUAUAAUCUAACAUCUCUGUUCACAAAUUUCCCCAUAUUUGUUGGAAUUUCUAAUUUUUGCCCUUGGGUUAUCCUUCAGUUAACCGUCACAUAAGACACUAUUCUAUCCUAAUAUUGGUCCAACCUUCUCACAGUAUCUGUGAAAUUUCUGCAGACAUAUUGAACAUCAGUGAAUUAUAAGUUUUUAUUUGUUCAUCUGGAGUCCAGGGCUGCUUCUUUCAUAAUGAAAUAGUUGAUUAGUACAUGGAAGUUAAUUUCCAGUGCUUAAGAAUGUGUCAUUGGUAAUUCCGCCCUACAUCAACCCCAGAAACAGUGACAUUAUUGCUAAUGUAGUAUUGGUAGAUUAGGAUUAUUCAAAUCACUACUAUUGAUAUAGAGUGAGAAACACCAAAGUUCUAAUCCAACCAUAUCCCUAUCAACUGAGAUUGAGUACGUAUGUAUGUAACACCAAUCCACUGGAAUGGGAGUGGUGGGAGAGAAACUACCUCCUGACUGGCACUGUUAAGAGUAUCUAAGUAGGGCUUCUGUAUCACUGGGUCAGGGUGCAAAAGUUACAUGCAAAAUAUUUUUAUUAUAAUAAUACAAUAAAACAGAUUCUAAAUUCAUAAAAAUAGAUGCAAAGCUUCCAUACAUAAUCUCACCUCUAGGUACAUGCCCAUCAUGCAUUGCUAAAUGUUAAGUGUUGUGCCUGGUGGCGCAGUGGUAAAACUGCCGCCCUGUAACCAGAAGGUUACAAGUUCAAUCCUGACCAGGGGCUCAAGGUUGACUCAGCCUUCCAUCCUUCCGAGGUCGGUAAAAUGAGUACCCAGAAUGUUGGGGGCAAUAUGCUAAAUCAUUGUAAACCGCUUAGAGAGCUCCGGCUAUAGAGCGGUAUAUAAAUGUAAGUGCUAUUGCUGCUAUUGCUAUAACAAACACAUUAAGGCUGCAAUUCUAUGCACACUUACCUGGGAGCAAGCCCCAAUGAAUAUAGUAGUACAGUGGCCCUCUUUAUCCAUGGUUUCAACAAGCGUGGUUUACAUAUCCGUGGACAGGUCUUAAGAGACCCAGUUUAUCAGUGGUAUAAAAAUAGGCUAAACUUUGCCUGUUCAGUUUUGAGUGGCUGAUAAUGACCCUGAAAUGACUUCAGAUGUCCGUACCAGCCACCAUUUAACAGCACAGAGCCAUUCUGCGGCUCUUUCCCCCCAUGACUUGUGAAAAUUGAAAGGAUUUGGGGUCGGCAGGGGCAGUGCUAGAAAUCUGGAGAGCAAGGUGGAAUAAAUUUCCUCUUAUUUAUGGUUCUCCUACUCUGUAUGUGUAGGAACCUAACCCCUAGAUUCCCAGCACAGUUUCCAUAUUUGCACCUGUAGGCAAGAAUGGAACCCUCAUAAGGGCUACCUGUUCUUAUGUCCAAGUAGAACCUUGUAGGAUUGGGCUGUAAUAGCUAUGAACACCUGGGAUUACUUGGCCUCUGUGCAACACACAGAAAUUGAAGGAAUUCCCAGUCCCCAAUUGGAACAGAUCUAUUGAUUUAUCUCCAAUUGCCAUCUACCUCAGGCUACAUCAGGAAAAAAAAAAUCUCUAAAGCAGUUAUUUGCAGCCAAGGAGCUUUUAGCUUGUGACUGCACGUUUAAAUGAACAGAUUUGUUUAUCUGAAUGUGUGAUUCAAAUAUUGGAGCAGAAAGCUCUUGAAUUUAGGAUAAGCUAUUCAAAUGAGAUAUCUCAAUCACCAACUCAAUGAAAAGCAGAAGUAUGCAUUUGUUAUUGUAUACUGUAGAGCACCAGCUAAUUCACAGGCCAGAAGAUGUGCUUAUAUGAACCAUUUAACACCAUUUUGGAUAUCAAGGAAGCUUGUCCCAUUACAAGUGAGCAUUAUAAAAUGAGUUCCUGCUCCUACAGAUUUAAAAUGAGAAACCUUAAGGAAUCAUUCUAUAUUUUUUGUGCUAAUCCUGCUAGAAGUCAAUCCCCCACUCCCAACAUUGCUGACAUGGCUACAGAGUAUCUAAUAAAAAGUACAUUUGCCCGUUGCCUUGUGCAUGUCACUUUCUGGAGAGGGGGACGACGUUCUACAGUAGAUUAUUGGCUUGUGUCUUGUAACUUAUCCACUUUUUUGGUGAACAUGGUGGUUGAGCCCUGCUUAGAUAGUGACCAUUUUCCAUUGAUCUUAGGAAUGUUGCUCCCUAAUGAACACCUUAGACAAAGAAAGGUACGCCCUGACCUUAGAGGAAAGUGAUCUUGCUAUGAGAGUCAGAUGGAAUGAGAGAUGUGCUAAAGCUUCAUCUGACUGGUGAAACCCGCCACCUAUACUAGAAAUCCAACUAUAUAUUUAAUCCUCCUGGGUGCGCCUUUAGAAUGUGCAUCCCGGCGCCCAGCUGAUUGGCUGGGUGACGGAGGUGCCUGAUAGGCUGAGGCACACCCAGGAUUGGUCUUCUGGUGGCAAGGCGGUGGGCCCGGCCGCGGAAGGAAGGCAGCGGCGGGCCCAGCCACAGCACUUACACCACUCGCGACUCAAGAGUGGUGGGCCGUUUGGGGAAGCUGGCGGCAAGGCAGCUGGCUGCUUGGGGAAGCAGACAGGCGGCUGGCGGUGGAGGCCAGGUCAGGAGGGGAACAGGGAGGGAGGGCAAGAAGUGAGACUGGGGAAGGAGGUGGGGUGAGGGAGGUCAGGAAGAGAGACAGGGGCAUGAGGAGGGAGGGCAGGAAAAGAGACUGGGGCAGGAGGCAGGGGGGAGUGUACAAGAAACAACUAACCAAUCAAAUUAUUCCAACUAAACCCCUAAAAAUAAGUAAACUACUGCACAGAUGCUCUGUGCGAGUUCAGCUAGUUCAACUUUAAUAGGACAGGUUGAUCAGUACAACCAUCUUAGUCAAUUGCAGAGCUUUUACAUCACAGGAAAAACGACAAAUCAUUUUAAGGUUUUAAUUUGUAGGUGAUUUUUAAAUUGUUAAAUUGUUUUAAAUUUUUGUAUAUAUUUUAACUUGUCUGUUUUUAACUGCCAAGAGACAAAAGUCUGGGGCAGUGUACAAAUUUGAUUAAUAAAUACAUAAAUCACCCCGACAGGGCAGUAGAUCACAGGAAUGGUUUGACUAGGAAUGUGUGGAGCUCAGAAAGAGAUGUGUUGCUGGCUUCAAAGCCUAUAAGCAACACUCUCCGACUGUUUCUCCACAAGAGUUAUCAAAACUUAAAAAACAAUAAGACUCUCAUAAAGGAGACAAGUUCUAUUAAGAACUAAUCAGCCUAGUUUCCUUUCACUGUCUCUACAUCUGGACUAAAUCUGGUGCAAAAAGGUCCACAAGUUAGAUCUCUUGUGCCUCAAAUGUUCAUGUGUCCACUGUAUUGGAUCAGGGUGGAUGUCAUCAUUACAAACUGCACCAUUGAGGUGUGCCUGUCUGUCACUCACUACAGCUGUUCCAAAUUUGGUUCAAAUUGGUUAGACAGUCCUCAAGUUAGUGCACUUGUGCCUCAAAAGUGUAUGCAUCUGCCAUCUUGGAUUGGGGUGGGUGACAUCACAAACUACACUAUUGGGGCAUCACUGUGUCCAUUUAGCUGUAGCAAAUUUGGUUCAAAUAGUUUAGACCAUGGAUUCUCAACGUUGGGUCCCCAGAUGUUAUUGGACUUCAACUCCCAUAAUCCCCAACCCAAGGCCACUGGGGCUGGGGGUUAUGGGAGUUGAAGUCCAAUAACAUCUGGGAACCCAACGUUGAGAAUCUCUGGUUUAGACUGUCCACAAGUUAGCCCAAACGUGCCUCAAACGUCCACAUGCCCACCAUCUUGGAUUGGGGUGGAUGACAUCAUCACAAACUGCUCCGUUGAGGUGUCCCUACAAUUGUACCUAAUUUGGUUUAUAUUGGUCCAGGCGUUGCAAAGUUGACGGGGUGCGGGGGGCAAUGGAUGAUAUACGCACAGAAUGCCAGGUGAUCUCAUAAGCCUACUGGAAAGUAGGCUAAGAGAGAGAGUUUACAAAAAAUAAUCAUCCUGCAGCUGUUAAUUCAAUCAGUUAAGGAGAAGGAUUCUUCUCUCUCUUGGCGGAUCACAGCCAGAGGCUUUAGUAAAACCCCAUUGAACCUGAUCAACCAAGUCCCUGUACCAGUUUGGAAGGAACAUUUUAGAUCCUUAUAACAAGACUGAGCCAGGGUGGAGCUGGUAUGAUCUUGAUAUAGAUUCGUUACCGGUUUGGCCCGCAGUAACCCUAAGGGAGGUGGGUGGUCUGAUUGACACCCUGAAACUGGGGAAGGCCCCAGGUAGUGACCUUGUCAUUCUGGAGGUAAUCAAGGUGAACCCCAACUGGUGGGUUCCUCUGCUAGUGUCCUUAUUUACACACAUAGACCAGACAGCACACAUCCCUAAGGAUUAGGGAGUAGCAAUAAUUGUCUCUAUUUGUAAAAAGGACAAUAAGGGUGAUCCAGCCAAUUAUUGCCCUAUUAGUCUGAGUGUAGUGAGCAAGCUCUGUACAAAUCAUUUAAAUCAAAAGUUCCAAGAGUGGCUGGAAUCUGAAGAUGUUCUUGGGGAUGAGCAAGCGGGAUUUAGGUCUGAGCACUCAACUAUUGACCAUAUUUUUGUGCUCCAUCAUUUAUUAAACAAAUAUACCCAUAAGGCCAACUCUGCCCUAUACAUGGCUUUCCUUGACUUCAAAUUCACUUUCAAUUCAAUUUCAAGAUUCUUUGAGAAAAACUUUUAAAGACAUCUAUCGAGAAACGUCUACUUGUCCUCAUUCAGAAGCUUUAAAAAAUACCACUCUGAGAUGCAACCCACAAGGGCAACUCUCAAAAAUAAUCCCCACAUAUAAAAGGAUUAAGCAGGGAUGUAUCUUGGCGCCAUCUUUGUUUAAUUGCUACAUCAAUCCAAUGGCCACAAGCUUAGAUAAUCCAACUUUCCACCCUGCUAAAAUUGCAGGCACUGAUAUUCCUAUACUUUUCUAUGCAGAUGACACAGCAGUCAUCUCUCAUAAGAGCUAUAAUCCAUUGCUGUAAGAACAGGUUGGUUAUUAACUUUCAUAAAUUGAAUAUCAUGAUGUUCACAAAAAGAGAGAUCACAAAAAUGUAUUGCUGAAGAAAAUAGAAUUAUACCUUCUACCAAAGAAAACCACAGAGCUCUGUGGGCGCCAUGAGUCGGAAUCGACUUGAUGGCACUCUGUACCUUUACCUUGGAGUAGUUCUCCACCCCAUGGGGAUCUGGAAGUCCCAUAUUGAGUAUAUCACGUGAACAGCCUCAAGGUCUUCAAUGGCUAUUAAGAGGUUCUUUUACACAAAAGGAGGAGAAAUAAUUCCAGCAGCCCUGAAGCUUUUUGAGGCCAAAACCCUGGGCCAAAUCCUAUAUGGGGCACAAGUGGGUAUUUCUAUCAAUUGAGAUGAUAUAUAGAGAGUGCAAACAAAAUUCUUACUGCCCCUAGAUGCAGCACUCAGACUGGAGACCGCGAUGCCCAAAAUUGAGGUGAGGGUUUGGAAGCACAUAAUCAAUUAUUGGCUUAAGGUACAGUUUUCCCCAUCUGGAAUAAUUCCAUUAAUUCUUCUGGAUGAUAAUCCAUCCAGCCAGAUAGAAAUCGGAAAUCACCAAGAAACUACUCUCAUAUGGUCUUUCAACAGAACUCCUUAUCUCUUUAGGAUAUGAACAAGCCAAACAAGUAUUCCUUCAGCGGGUGAAUAAUAUAGCAAUCAAUUAUCUUUAUUACGGUUCAAGACCAGCAUAGGGUGGAAAAUAUAGAACAUCAAAAUGAAGUUAAUGGGAUGUCUCGGAAUGUGCAGGGUUGGGUGGCAAAUGCUGUUUAGGAACCAGCAAACUAUUUAACAACACUUACUUUCUCUAGGCUGCAGAAGGAGUUUUUAGGGCCAGACAUAACGUGCUCCCUUCUGCACUCCUGCAAGGUAGGUACUCCAAAGUGCCACUAGUGAAGCAAACGUGCCCAUGCAGGUCAGAGGGGGUAGAAAAAUAUAACAUGUUCUGUUCUAUUGCCCCUUUCAUUAGGACUCCCAUACAAGGUAUAUCACUCCUCUACUGUCAGGAUAUCCAGACAAAUUUAUUGCUUUUAGUUACAAACCACUUCAUAACCUGUAUGAUAGCUAAAUUUUGUGUAGCAGCAGUGAAAGCACAUCAACAAAAGACUUAGUCAUGAUCCAGCUGGUUGUAAUAUUCUUAUUUUGUUAUUGUUAGUGUAUGUAUUUGAUCUAUUUUUCAAAAUACUUGUUAAAAUUAUAAUUUUUAAAUGAUUUAAAAAUUGUUUUUAUUGAGUUAUGUAUCAUUUUCAGUUGUGUACACUACCUUGAGAUCCAGGUGUAGGGGUGUGUAUAAAUGUAAUAAAUAAAUAUUAUAAAAGUG